GGUGAAGCUGAGCGAGCUUCCCUUGCAGAUGAUGGGCGUAUGAACGAGAGCCAGGGUUAGUCUUUACCGGGCACCCAUGGAGAAAAGCUAAUGGGGUCUGAACUGGAGAUGGGAAAACGUCCACCAGAGAAUGCUGGAAAUACCACCCAAGUGCAGAAUACUCCCCCCAACACUCACAUCUUGGGUAGUGUGAGCACCCAAACUGUUGACUUGUUUAACCCUCCCUCAAACGCCUGCUGCUUCUGUUGGUGUUGCUGCUGCAGCUGUUCUUGUUUGACAGUACGCUCUGCUAAGGACAAAAGAAUUCUGAUGACAGUCUCCGAAAAACAAGAGGACGUUGACACCAAUAAAAUGCCUCAGCUCACUCUGGAGGAGGUACAUGCAUGGGGAGAGUCAUUUGAGCGGUUAAUUAAAAGUGCACAAGGUCGUGUGCAUUUCCGACAGUUUCUUAAGACUGAGUUUAGUGAAGAAAACCUGAUGUUCUGGCUCAACUGUGAGGAUCUAAAGAAAGAGACCAACAAAACCAUGGUAGAACAGACUGUGAAACAAAUAUAUGAGGACUACGUUUCUGUAUUGUCACCUAAAGAGGUGAGUCUGGAUUCACGUGUGCGUGAAGUGAUCAACAGGAACAUGCUGGAACCCUCAUCAUGCACAUUUGACGAGGCACAGCAGCAAAUCUACACGCUCAUGCAGCGAGACUCCUACCCUCGAUAUAUGAACUCCAGCAUGUACGCAGACCUCAUACAGAGCUUUGAACAACUCAAUGAGUCCUAACAUACAUAUAUGAAUGUACACAAGAUCUAGAAUUUAGACACAGGCCUAUUACACUUUCCUGAAGACCAGAUAGAUCCCUUUGGCCCUGUUUACACUUACCAUCCGUCACAGGUGAUCAGUUCAGCCAAGACUGAAUUAACAUACGGCUUAUCCAAAUGGUUUAAUCUUCUUUAUUUAUUUAGUUAGUUAGUUAUUUAGUUUGAGUGAUCCAGUCACAUACAUAUUUGGACCCUAUGUACACUUGUGCACAAGUUCCCUUUUAAUUUUAUUUAAGAUAUAUUUUAUUAUUUCUGUCAGUUUAUGGAUAUGCACUUAAAAUAGCAAAGCCGUAAUUGUGCCUUGCCUCACAAGAUAGGCUAGAAAAUGAUACUGCUUUAACAAGUGUCAUUGGAAACUGGUGCUGUCAAGUAGUUUUAGUCUAGAUGAUUUGCAGUUUAAAUAAUAAAAAUAGAUCUUAUGUAUACACACACCAAUGCAAGACUGAUAUUUUAUUGAGAUAUUGAGAUAAAAUAUAUCCACUCAACCAAGCUCUGUGUCCUAAUAAUAUUGUUUACAAUAUUUUAUUUGAAAAUACUGUAAGCUGCAUGAACAAAAUAGAUCCAGUCAUAUCUGGAAAAUUUAUUUUUCAUAAUUUUAAUACUAAAGAAGUUUUAAGAUUUAAGAGAUCUGCUCAUUGCAAAUAUUACAAAUGAGUGAACAAUGCUGACAUUCAUAAAUAAACACAUGCAUGUAUAUAUCCAUAAAUAUACUCAAUAGGCUAUAAGGAGACUUUACCCAACAGCAAACAAUUUAGUGAUGUUAUUGAUUUUUUCACAAUCAUCUGAGAAUCACACAAAAGUCACAACCAAGGCUGCCAUAAUGCUUUUUCUAGCUCAAUUUUUGUAUGUGUGCAAAAGAUCUGAGCUUUACGGUGAAUGGUUAUGUUGACUGAGUCUCUGUUGGUCUCUGAAGAUUUGGAAUAUUUAUAUGUUUUGAAUAAAUUGUGACUGUACAUUUA